AUGUGGCUGAAGUUCAAGGAGUGGGCAGACAUCUAUGGGCCAAUAUACAAGACGGAGAUGCUAGGGGCAACUUUUCUCGUCAUCUCAGAUGAGAAGAUUGCAGAAGAGCUUCUCGUAAAGAGGGCGAAGAUCUACUCAGAUCGGCCUGCUAUUCGGUCUCUAUUUGACUCCAAAAGUACUCAUGGUUCUAUGGAAUAUCUUCCUUUGAUGGGCAAGAAUAAGUACUGGGCUCGACAACGACGAUUCACCCACGCAUAUCUCACGCAGGCUUCAAACAACCACUAUUAUGGUGUUAUGAAUUUUGAGGUCAAAAGAUGUUUGGCAAGGCUUUGCGAAGACCCUGACAACUUCUCCUUCACCUUGGAAGACAUGGCAUCGAAGAUAAUGUGUCAAUUGACAUGGGACGAUACGAGCUUCAGCGCAUACUAUAUGAAGAAUGCAUGGGGACUUCUCACUCAGAUGUCGCCAGCGGGGCCAAUCACCAAUGUCUUGACACCGUUAUGGCAUCUCCCCUUCGCAAUAAAUCCAUGGCAGAGAGCUGAGAGGAAGCGUCAUGACGAGCAGCAAGCUUUCUGGAUGCAGAAGCUUUCAGAAGUAAGAGGGAAGAUGGCCAAGGGCGAAGCACGGCCGAGUUUCACUCGUCAGUAUCUUGAGAGCCAGCAGACAUCCAACCUCUCCGGUGACUACGAAGGGUCUUCGGUAAUUGGAAUGAUGGCUCUUGUUGGGAUAUUCACUAUCGCUGGCCCAUUGCAUUACUUUCUGAUAGCUAUGGUCUUCCAUCAAGACUGGCUUGCAAAGUGUCAGGCAGAGAUUGACUCCGUCUGCAAGGGGCGACUACCUACGCUCCACGAUUCGCCAAAACUACCGAUUUUGAGGGCAUGCAUACUUGAAACACUUCGCUGGAAGCCAAAUGUACCAACAGGUGUUGCUCAUGAAGUCGAAGAGGAUGACUUCUACAGGGAUGUCUUUAUCAAGAAAGGCACUCGCAUCCUUCCACUAGACUGGGCUUUCAUGAGAAACCCUGAGAAGUAUCCGGAUCCGGAAAACUACCACCCGGAACGCUAUCUCGAGCCCAGCUGGCCAACCUACCGCGCGCCGUUGACGAUGUACCCCAACAUCAAGGGACUAUCCUCUUUCGGGUAUGGACAGCGGCAGUGCCUAGGCCAAACCUUAACGCAAGAUGAACUUCUUCUUGCAUGUGGCUCUUUGUGUUGGGGUUUUAACAUGAGCAAGAAAAUUGAUCCGCAAACUGGCAUGGAAAUCGACAUAGACUUGAACGCUUCAAAUUCUUUGCUCAUCGUAAAACCAGACCCCUUCAAGAUGCAAUUUACACCAAGAUCUCCGGCAAAGAAGCAAGCGAUGUUGAAGCAGUGGGAAGAAGCGGAGAAAGCUAAUACCGAGGAGCGAGUAGCCUUUCUUAGAGCCGCUCGGAGCGCGAAAAUAGGAUAG